AUGAUCGUGCUCGGCUGGAUGCUUUUUGUUGGCUUUGCAUGUUACAUGGGCACAUUUCCGGAGUUUAUGACUCCAACUCUGAGAUGGAAAGAGAGGUGGCCUGAGAGCAAAGCCCAAAGGAGCAGCCAGGCUUUGGAUGAAGAUCUACAACUGAACAAUGUGGAAGGGAUAUAA